AAAAAUAAAAGACCCUCACCCAAAUUAACUGCACUAGUAUUCUUCAUCUCUAGUUUCACUUGCAUUUCAAUUCGAUCAACCUCUCAGAAAAACCGAAACGGAAAAAAGUUCCUUUUCAUCUCUCUUCUCACUACCCUAAUUUCUUGCCUACUUUUUUUAUGUUCAUUUUAUCCCCAAAUAAUCCAAAGAAAAAAGGCGUCUUUUUUUUUUUCAGGUCUUGAUUUUACAUAUCCAAAAAUGUGUUUUCUGAGCUGUUUAUUAAGGAUCUAAGGUUAACCCAUUAAGUUUUUUUGAGGAUAAUUGAUCUGAUCUAGACUGGUAGCAGAGGAUCUGAGUGGAAUGUGAUUUGCAUGGGUUGAGGAUGCCAGAAUUGCGAAGUGGAGCUCGGAAAUCAAAACGCCUUGGUGAUCUUCAGCCGCCUCUUCAACCAGUUGAUCAAGCAGAGAAUUGGGUACUGCCUGCUCAAAACCGAACCAGGAGGCAAGUCGGCGGAAGAGGGCGGGGUAAGGCUACAGCUGUAGCUAAAGGGCCCUCACCAGAGGUACCCAAUAGGCCAAAAGCUGCUGGUAGAGGCCGGGGUAUUAGGUUGAUCGAUUUAGACCCUGAGCCUUGUCAGGUUCUUCCUGGGGCUCCACCUUUGGCUGAUGCUCAACCUGCUUUCAACCAAGUAGAGGUAGUGGCCAAUAAAGAUAUUGCAAUGGACGGCGGGAGUGCUGACAAAAUAAUAGGAGUUGAAGAAGAAGCUAGCACAACAGUAAUUCCUGAAAAGGUUCAGGUGGGUAAUUCUCCUGUAUAUAAGAUAGAAAGGAAAUUGGGUAAGGGUGGUUUUGGCCAAGUUUAUGUUGGCCGAAGGGAAAGCGGUGGUAGUGGUAGAAUCGGACCAGAUGCAAUCGAGGUAGCCUUGAAGUUUGAGCACCGGAACAGUAAAAGUUGCAAUUAUGGCCCACCUUAUGAGUGGCAAGUGUACAAUUCCCUAAAUGGGUGCUAUGGGAUUCCUUGGGUGCACUACAAGGGCCGGCAAGGAGAUUUCUACAUUCUUGUAAUGGAUAUGCUCGGUCCUAGCCUAUGGGAUGUUUGGAAUACUCUAGGACAGUCCAGGAUGUCACCAAAUAUGGCUGCAUGUGUUGCAGUAGAGGCAAUAUCGAUUCUUGAAAAGCUUCAUUUAAAGGGGUUUGUGCAUGGAGAUGUGAAACCUGAGAACUUUUUACUAGGUCAACGUGGCUCAGCUGAUGAGAAGAAGCUAUAUCUUAUCGAUCUUGGUUUAGCUUCUAGAUGGAAAGAUGCACACUCGGGUCAACAUGUUGAUUAUGAUCAGAGGCCUGAUGUAUUCAGGGGAACAGUUAGAUAUGCUAGUGUACAUGCACAUUUAGGUCGGAUUGGAAGCCGUAGAGAUGACCUUGAGUCAUUGGCAUACACAUUGAUAUUUCUAAUAAAAGGACGGUUACCAUGGCAGGGUUAUCAGGGGGAUAACAAGAGUUUUAUGGUUUGCAAGAAAAAGAUGGCCACUUCUCCAGAGUUGAUGUGUUGCUUUUGUCCUGCCCCUUUUAAGCAGUUCCUCGAAGUUGUUACAAAUAUGAAGUUUGAUGAGGAGCCAAAUUAUGCCAAGCUCAUAUCCAUAUUUGAAAGCCUAAUUGAACCAUGCACGGCACUGAGACCAAUUAGAAUUGAUGGAGCUCUUAAGGUUGGGCAAAAACGGGGAAGAUUAGUGAUUAAUUUGGAAGACGAUGAUCAACCUAAGAAAAAAGUACGUCUUGGUAGUCCUGCUACUCAGUGGAUUUCUGCUUACAAUGCACGUCGUCCUAUGAAGCAGAGAUAUCACUAUAAUGUAGCGGAUUCGAGGUUGCGGCAGCAUGUAGAUAAGGGUAAUGAAGAUGGAUUGUUUAUUAGUUGUGUGGCUUCAGCAGCUAAUCUCUGGGCCCUGAUCAUGGAUGCUGGAACCAGUUUCUCUUCCCAGGUUUAUGAAUUGUCGACCGUCUUUCUACACAAGGAUUGGAUUAUGGAGCAGUGGGAAAAGAACUACUAUAUUAGUUCGAUAGCUGGAGCAAAUAACGGAAGUUCCUUGGUUGUUAUGUCAAAAGGAACUCCUUACACCCAGCAGUCAUACAAAGUGAGUGAAUCUUUUCCUUUCAAAUGGAUAAACAAGAAGUGGAAAGAAGGCUUUCAUGUAACAUCAAUGACAACUUCCGGGAGUCGCUGGGGUGUGGUAAUGUCUAGGAACUCCGGAUUCUCCGAUCAGGUUGUGGAGCUUGACUUUCUAUAUCCAAGUGAAGGGAUACAUCGGCGAUGGGAGAAUGGUUAUAGAAUAACAUCUAUGGCUGCGACUGGAGAUCAAGCUGCCUUCAUACUGAGCAUUCCGAAGCGGAAAACAAUGGAUGAAACUCAGGAAACUCUACGUACAUCUGCCUUUCCAAGCACCCAUGUAAAGGAAAAAUGGGCCAAAAAUCUGUACAUUGCAUCAGUUUGUUAUGGGAGAACAGUCUGCUAAUUCUAGACUGUAAAAUUAUUAGAUACUCUUUAAGAAAGACAAUUUAAAGUUGAAAACUUGAAAGCUUUUGAGGUA